AUGGUCCUCUCAGCGAUCGCCGCGCUGCCGGGCAGCUUCAAAGCCAUGCGUGGCAUGUUCGCCUUCCACGGCCUCGUACUUGACGUGGGCAUCAUCAACGUCCUUCCGUUCGUCGACGAGGCCGCCAGCGACGCCCAGCGGACGGAGAAGUUCCCGUGGGCCCUCGGUGGUUACGCAGGAUUCGCCCGGGUGCCAAACCUCGGACCCACCCACCGUCGCUUCAUGACCGAGAACAUGGCGUACGCGAUCCUGCGCACGGCGCCGGCCCUCUUCUACACCAACGUGCCGAUCCUCUGCACUGCCGUUGCUUCGCACCUUGUCGAGGCUCUCACCAUCGCGUGGGAGAUUAUCUACUACGAGUGCCCCGCCAACGCGAUGGUGCCAGUCACGCUCAUGGGCCUCUUCUCGACGCAGACGCUCCUCACGGCGCGCUGCCCGUCACGGCUUCUGCACCGGCUCCAUCUGAGCGCCCCACCCCUCGCUCGCACCCGGCAGGUCAAGUUCAACCAGGGUGCCCUGAUCAAGAGCGCCGACCACCCCACGGCCCUUGCCGCGAUGACGGGGAUGGUCGCUGGCGUGUGGCUGACCUGGGCGGCAGCGGCAGCCACUGUCGCCGCGCGCAAGCCCAACGAGCCCAAGUGA